CCACAAUUAACUUCGACGUGACGGCGCGAAUUAGUAGAGCAAGUCGUGCUUAAAGAAUGACGAAUCCCACGAGAAUGUCUCUCAAGCGGAAGUUUAUAAAAGCUGGAGUGUUUAAGGCUGAGUUAGAUGAGUUCCUUAAACGUGAAUUGGCUGACGAUGGUUACAGUGGUUUUCAAGUUCGUGAAAGCCGUAAAUACACAGAAGUCAUCAUAUUAGCUACAAAAACUCAGAGUGUCCUUGGUGAGGGCUCACGCCGUAUCCGAGAACUCACCUCAGUCUUGCAAAAACGCUUCGGAUUUCCUGACGGUACCUUGGGACUGUUUGCAGAAAAGAUGACUUUCCGUGGUUUAAGCGCUAUUGCACAAGCCGAAUCGCUUAGAUACAAACUGACAUACGGGUUGCCUGUACGGAAAGCAUGCUAUGGUAUACUCCGAUUCAUCAUGGAAUCUGGAGCGAGAGGUGCUGAAGUGAUCGUUUCUGGUAAAAUUAAGGGUCAGAGAGCUAAAGCUAUGAAGUUUUGUGAUGGACUUAUGAUCCAUUCUGGAGAUCCAGUUAACAAUUACAUUGACAAGGCUGUACGUCAUGUUCAGCUUCCACAAGGUAUACUAGGAAUCAAAGUCAAAAUUAUGUUGGAUCACGAUAGUUCCGGCAAAAAAGGUCCACGGAAACCUUUGCCUGACACCGUCACAAUUUUGGCCGCUAAAGAAGAAGUUUUACCAACUGCUCCAUAUUCUGAAAACAAAAUGUAAUUAAUUUCACAAUAAAGCUUGUGGUGGAUGCUUUCGCUGUUCUGUAACAUUUGCUAGUCGCCUCAUUCAAUUUUACAUCCCCUGAAUAUCUUAAGGUUACUGUUUAUUGUAAAAAUGCUCAGCUUAUAAACUUUCGUUUAUUGUCUUUAUUUACUGCCCAACGAAAGCAUAUGAAAUUUCGCCAAAUGAUGCCGUAAAUAUUCACACACGUAUGUAUAUAAACAUUGUACUAGAUUAA